CCGCGCCCAUCAAACCCAGCGCAUCCCCAUCCUGUUCGCAACCGUCCAGGCUUUGCGCAGCUCAUCACCGGGGUGCUCUAAAUCUUUUCUUCUUCUUUUCUUUCUGAGACCAAACAUCGAGAAUUCUCCUCUCUGCCCUUGCUACCUGACCGCACCAAACGCGAACUCAACGCGACGUGCUGCUGCAGCGGCGAGCUCGCGAAUCCAGCGAUCCGCCGACCGGUUUCUCGAACCUGCCAUUCAGCCAUCACACCGAAGCCGCUCGGCUUUUUCGCAUCGCGUCACUCAGCAAAUUUUAAAAUAAAAGAGCCGCUCCUGGCCGCACCUGCCAUCCGUUUUUCAAAAGGCAUACCUCAUUUCCGCCUUUCACCGUCGACAAUCAUGUCCGGCAAGCUCGACCAGUCUCUCGAUGAGAUUCUCAGCAGCCAGCGGCGCAAUCAACAGGGCCGUCGCCGCUCUGCCCGCCGUUCGGCUGGCGCUGCCAAACCCGCUGCCACUGCGCCGGCCGGCGGCAUCCAAAAGAACAGCAAGCCCGCGCGCGGCGCAAACAAGCCCACCCCUGCUAAGGGCGUUGGCCUGACCGGUGAGAGCAAGAUUGUGGUCAGCAACCUGCCCAAGGAUGUUUCCGAAGGCCAGAUCAAGGAGUACUUUCAACAAUCUGUCGGCCCGGUCAAGAAGGUUGAGAUCUCGUACGGGCCGGGCGGUGUCAGCCGCGGCAUCGCGCACGUCACGUUCCACCAUGCGGACGGCGCCAGCAAGGCGUUUAGCAACCUCAACGGCCUGCUCAUCGAUGGAAAGCCUGUUAAGGUCGAAAUCGUCGUCGCCUCUGCCGACCUCAUCCCCCAACCCCCGUCACUCGCUCAGCGCAUGACGCAGCCCAAGCCGCAGCCCAAGUCUGCGGCGACGGUGAAGAAGAAUACCACCAAGGACGGCAAGGGCGGUGCCGCGGGCGGCAAGGGGGGCAAGAAGGGUGGCCGGGGCCGCGCUAGCCGGCCGAAGAAAACAGCAGAGGAGCUCGACUUGGAGAUGGCCGACUACUUUGAGAACCGCAACAACGAGAACAAUGCCAACGGGGCUGCUCCUGCGGCGGCCGCGGAUGGCGCAGCCGCCGGGGGCGAUGCUGCGAUGGAGGAGGACGUUCUUUAGAGAGGGGAAUGUAGUCGUCUUGUGGGAACAUAUGGGUAGAGGGAAGCGUUUCUUUUCUGAGACUCCUGAGAGCGGGUGUU